UCUUCCCAUCGGCUAGUUGGUCGCGUCUGGUAUAAAACGCUGAGUUUUGAAUCUCCUCCAACUCUUGGAAGUUAGACACACGGAGACACAAGUAAAUCAAAUGGCGCGAACAAUAGAAGCAGAUGAUCAUAAAGAGUUGCAGAGCAGUGAUUGCUUUGUUUGGGACGAAACAUCCCAGCUCUUCUUUCAUGCCAGUACUGGAUUUUACCAUGACCCCAACGCUGACUGGUACUAUAGUAGUAGGGAUGGUCUUUAUUACAAGUUUGAGAAUGGGAAUUAUGUGCUUUUGGAGUCUCAAAAGGUUAAUGAAUGUGAAAUAAGUCGAUGUCAAGGAACUGCCAAGGAUAAUCCGGUUCACGACGAGCAAUGUAAACAAGAAUAUUGUGACAAUAAUGCUUACUUCUCCAUCCAGCUUGAUGAAUCUAAAGCUCAUCACUGUGUAAGAAGUGGUCUGGAUGAAUCUACUUCAGGACAUACAGAGGGCACUAGCAAUCAAACGCCUGAAAAUCCACCUCCACCAUCAGCAUGGUUAGAAGAAACACUUAUUGAUCUUUAUCUGUCUGGUUAUAAUGGACCGGUCGAUGCUGAUAAUGGUGCAGUGAUGCCUUUGGAAACAGAUGAGGGGGACAACUUUAAGUUUUCAGCUGAUGAAAGUAGUGAUACUCAUAAGCUAGAGGAAUUGAAUGCAGAGAGUAGUAAUACGCUUGAGCUGGAAGAUGGGGAACUGAUCGUGGAGGACUUAGGCGAAGGUGUUUCUUGGGAGGAAGAAAAUUGGCGAUCACAAUAUGGUCAGGUUAUUCAACCUGAGCAAGAGCCAGUGUUGACAAUCCCGGUGGUUGAAUUAUGGGACUGGUCAAUGGUCAGAGAAUGCAGAAAGGACGGGAAAAAUCAGGUAGCUAAAUUGGUUGGGCAUUUGGUGAGACGAUCUGCAAAGCUCCAUCCCUCCAUGCCUUCUGGUGGUGGUCUUCUGAAAACUGCUCCAAUUUGUGAAGUUUAUCUGGAUCUGGUACGAGUUACAACAGGACAAGUGUAUAAGUUGCGGAGCCCUAGUGCAAAAUAUUUAGCUUUCUUGUCAAGUUAUGAUUCUUCUAACCCAACAAAGGACUGGGGCUUCCCUGAAUUUUUCCCACAAUCUAAAACCAUUCAAAGAACCAAACCGGAAUCAUCUGAUGGAAUCACUAACUGCAUGGAUAGGUCCACUUUUGCGGAUCAACUAUCUGCAUAUGAAAAGCAUAAAAGCCAUGCAUAUAGGGAUAGAGCUGCAGAGAGAAGAAUUUUACAUGGUGGUAUUGGUGUGGGUCCAGGACAAAAGAGUGUUUUGGUCGGUGACAAUGGUGGGGAAUUGUAUCCUGAUUCUGCUAGUACAGAAGAUGCAGCAGCUGAAGCUUUGGAAAUGUCAUUUGCAACUGGUAGUUAUGCCAGAAGAAUUCUAGAAGGCAUGGGCUGGAAGGAGGGAGAGGCACUUGGUAAAACGACAAAGGGAUUGGUGAAACCCUUGGAAGCAAUUGGAAAUGUUGGCAGUGCUGGACUGGGAUGGCCUCAAGGAAGAACAAAGCACCGCUGAACGAUUGGGCUCCCUCCGUCACCGUUAACUAAAGCCUUUACGGAGGCAUGGUUUUGAUUUCAAAUGGAAUAUGUGUUUUGACCGUUUGCGUGCACUAUAAAUUUUGAUGAUCACACCACUAAAUAUAUAUAGAUAUGAAAUUGAACUUAUUUGUGACUGUUUUACGCUGCUCUUGCCUCUUCGUAAUUCCUAGAUAC